AUGGCACCCUCGUCGUCGAAAGCGCGCAUAUCCUGCGAUGGCUCCGAGGCGACGUGCGCUCCCGAGGCUACCAUCGAGGCUUUGGAAGCGGGCGUCGCAAAGACGGAGAUCGCCGAUACGCGCGAAGACGAAGAGGCACCGGCGGACACAAGUCCUGAGGCAGAGUUCGACAGGAUCCUCGCGAGCGGGGUGGCGCUGGCGGGGCCUGGCCGCCCCAUCAUGAUCUGCAUCAAUCCGCUAAUCGUCAUCUUCGACGGUCUGCUGACCAAAGCGGAGUGCACGGCAAUGAUCGCCACGGCCCGGCCGGAUCUCGAGCGCUCGCUUGUCGUCGGAACCCCGGGCGAUCCGUCAUCGAAGAUAUCGUCUUCGCGGACCUCGGAAAGCGUCUCGAUCGACGCGGGGAGCAUGCCACGGAGCGUCGUCAACAAGGUCGGUGCGUUGUUGCGGCGCCUGCCCACGUUGCAGCCCAACACGUGUGCGGAGAUCAACAAGCUCAGGGGCGCGAAGAAGUCAGUCUCUGCACCCGCGUGCACGAAGCGCGUCACGUGGGACACGACGUCCGGCAGCGCCUCAGUCAUUCGCUACAGACCCGGGCAGCACUUCCUGACGCACGUGGACCCCAUCGCUGGCUGCGAACGCAACCGCAUGGCAACCCUGAUCGUCUGCCUGGGCGAGCCCAAGUCCGGGGGCGCGACGUACUUUCCACAGGCGCGGAGCAUCGUAGGGCACGCGCAGCCCGGGGACGCCCGGGCUGCGGAGGCGCAGGGCAUCCAUGUUCCGCAAAAACAGGUGCGUGGUAUGAAUCGCACACACCAUACAUUUCAUGUUUGCUCGUCCACGAGCCCGACGCGGCGAUAUCUGACCAUGCUUGCGCGGUCUUGUCCCCAGGGACGCGCGCUGCUGUUCUGGUCCGUCGACGACAGCAGCAACGUCAUCGCGAACAGCAAGCACGGGGGCGAGGCCGUCGGAGCUGGCGAGAAGGUGAGAGGCAGGCGAUGCCUCGCUGUUCCCGACGCCAGCACGCGCUGCGGGGCGCCCCGUGGCGGCCCACGCAUUUCAACGAGCGUGCAAGCAUCUCGCUCGCGAUGUCAACAGCACGAACCUGCGACACACGCCCCCCGCACCUGCAGUGGGUUGCGACCUGGUGGCUGA